AUGCAAGCUCUGCCUCAAGUGCUCGAUGACCGACAGCAGCGGCUGCAGGUGCACGAGAACACUGUCGUGCAAGAUGCCGCGCGACAUAUGAACGUCACGGUGCAGCAGCUCUAUGCCUGCUCGGCUGAUAUUCGCCAAUGCAGUGACGUUAUUGAGGGAUCAGUUCUGGUGCUUGGCGUACACACGGCGCACACGCUCCUCACCCAGCUCAGCCGCUCACUCAAGUCCAUUGAAGCCGUGAUGGACGCCUGGCGCACCACGGCGGCGGUGUAUCAGGAGCACUCCACCCAGUGCCACCAACUCAUGGCGUCCAUGGACCAGGCGUACGUGAGCAUGAAGGAGAGACGCAAAACUGCGGAGAUGGAGCUGCGGGCGCUGCGCGUGGAGCGGGACCGAAAGGAGCAGGCCUACGACACGGCGGUGCUGUAUGUGCAGCGAGUCUUGGCUGAGCACACGCAGUGGCAGGAGGCACACAGCCACAACACGCAGCGCUGGCCCAUGACGGACACCUGCGAGGAGGCUCUCGCGGUGCUGCACGCAGUGCGAGUGGGAUCGUCUGCCGGCAACUCAGACCGCCGCAGCCGAAAGGAUGGCCAUAUCGGACGCGAAGAGGUGCCGCUGUUUCUCAAGGACGACGCCAGCGGUAGUGUGGGUGAGGUGCACCGCUCCUGCUACGCUAGUUUUGUGUCGCCGCCGCCGCUACCGGCGUUAUGCGAGUGGACGCCACUUGUAUCGUCAUCCAAGGCCAACUCGAGCGAGGAGACCGGGGAUGUGGCGCGGCGUUGGUGCACCACGAUGGCCGGCCGACUCGGUGCCACUCAACCAUCUUUGCACUUUGCGUAUGUGCCUCCUGCGGAGGAGGUACAGCUGCUGCGGGAGGUGCUGGCGAUGGGCACCGGCAGCUCUUCCUUGAUGAAGGACAUUCACACCGCGCAAGCACGCUUCGACGAGCGCCGCACGCAGGUGCGCAGCGUGUGUGCUCGCGGACUCGAUUCCUUGCACGCGAUGCGACAGGAGAUGAGGAUACUGAGGACGCACCUGCAGCACUUGGUCGACAGCCAGAACCCGUUCGUGUGCAUGGCAGAGGAGCUACUAAGCCUCGUGCACACGCACAUGGAGGUGGAGGUGGCGAGACGGGUCGCCGCUAUCACCGCCCCUACCGCCGCGACCUCUACCACCGUGCCAUCUCCCGCCGGUGGCUCGCAGAGCGGCAUCGGCUUCACGCCGCGUUUGAGCAGCUCCUCGGUGAGUUACGUGGCCGUCCCGUCGUCGAGACUCAGCGAGGCCGCCGAAAGCGGUGGCGACACGGCCUCUGAAGGCUGGACAUGGAUGGCCGAUGCGUGA